AUGCCUGACAAACUUUCUUAUCCAAUACUAUUUCUUAGGCAAGUUUUUAAUUUUCAUAUUUUUUGUGGUAGAAAUCGACGUGAAAAACGUUUUGAAGGCGACUCCCCGGGUAUUGAAUGGGUAGUAGCUGGAGCUAAUGGCGACUAUUUGGCACAUCGUGUACGAGACAUCCUGGCACCACACGCGAAACGUACCGAUAUUGAUAAACUUAUAACGGACGCUCGACGCAAUUACAUCGAAAAAGAAUUAACAAAGAAGACAGAUAUAUUGAGCAUUGGAGAUUUAUUUGACAAAGCUGCAAAUAAAAAGGAUCCUAAGUUUCUUCUUCAAGCAUACACUGCUGAGACAGAAUUCUAUCGAGUAUUGAAUGUCAAUUUGGCACAAGCGCAGCUGGACGAGAGUGGAUCAGUCACAUUACAAAUUAAUAAAUACUGCUCUUGGAUUGUUGGAAUCAUCGCUCAUCAUCCUUGCUUGGAUCGAUUCAAUUUUUCUGGCAAAUGUUAUCGUGGCAUGAGUAUAAACAAGAGUGAUCUUGAGAAAUACAAGGAAGGGACACGUAUUCUAACAAAAUCAUUUCUAUCAUCGUCUAAAGACCGUGAUGUUGCAACCAACUUUGCUGAUACUUCAGCUUCUAACGAUAAAAUCAGUGUUUUGUGUAUAUACGAUGUGCGCAAUCGUAGAAGUGCACUUCAUCUUGCAGAGAUAUCAAUGUUUCCAGACGAGAAAGAGGUUCUGAUUAUGCCGUAUACGGCCUUUAAAAUUAUGGAAGUUGCCCACUUAUACGGACACAAUGUCAAGAUCGAAGCCGAAAUAAACCUAAAAGAAUGCGAGCUGUGGUAA